GCGGGCGGCGGCCAUGGCGACCUUCUUCGGAGAGGUGGUGGUGGCCCCGUCCCGGGCCGGCCUGGACGAGGAGGAGGAGGCGCGGGAGGAGACGCCCGAGGACCGGGAGAUCCGCAGGGAGAUCGAGAAGAAAAGGGAGAUCCAAGUGCUGUGGAGCUGCGCCGAGGAGUCCCUGGUGUGCUCCAGGUUCAUCGUGGCCAUCGGGAGGAACGCUGCGGCUUUCCUGUCAUCUUUUAUCCUGGAUUCUGUGUGCUGGGAAGUGAUUGGAGUUGUGAAGCUGUGGAAUGAGUGGUGCAGAACAUCCAGCAGCACAAAUGUCCUCCCCACAGACUCUUUCUGUUUGUUCUACAGAUUGAUAUCAGACCCCACAGUUUUAUUGUGCCAGUGUAGUUGCUAUGUGGCUGAGGAUCAACAGUUCCAGUGGCUUGAGAAGGUUUUUGGCUCUAUGCAGAAGAAAGGCUUGCAAGUCACCAUCCUUUCCACAUGUCCUGUAGCUGAUUAUAAAACUCAGGAAUCCACUCUGACACUUGUAUCUCCAUUCCUGAAAGCCUUGAAGACCAAAGAAUUCCAGGAGCAGGUCUGCUGCCCACUGCUGGAGCAGCCCAACAUUGUGAGGGACCUUCCUGCUGCUGUCCUGAGUUACUGCCAGGUGUGGGGGAUCCCUGCCGUGCUGUACCAGUGCUACACUGAUGUCAUCAAGCUGGACACAGUCACCAUUGAAGCCUUCAAACCUCUGCUCUCUUCCAAACUCCUGAAGAGUUUAGCCAAGGAUGCCUCUGAAAGCACAAAGAUUUUGAAGAAGUUCCUGACAAGCAGUGAAACCCACAAUAACAUCUACAUCUGACAAGGACAGUUGUGCUGCACUUUUGUAAACUCCAGUUUCUUCUCUAGAGGACUCCUGGGAUUUUAUUUUAUUUUCCUUUAAAAGUAGAAUAAAUUCUGGUAGAUUUUUACUUUCCCACUCAUUUUUGUUGUUUUUAACUUCAUCACUGAACACCCUUCUGCAUGGCUUGGAAGAUUCUUCUGGAAUGAUUUUAGGAAAGAUUUUGGAUAUGAAAAACAACUCCUUUUUCUUCUUCUGAAGGGAUUGUCCUACCUAAAAGUAUUCCUUUUAUAUUUCAAAGAGGAAAAUGCAGAUAAGGAAUUCUGUUUGUAUCUAACAAGACCUCUCCCUUUUUUACUUUCUUUUGAGAUCUGAAGGUUUUUCUAGCAUUUGAUGCUCUUCAAAGAUUUGUCUGUGAUCAAGAAAAUGCACUCUCUGUCCUUUCCCAUCCACAGAGAAUUUUGCUUGUGUUUAUUUAUGGCUCCACACGCCCUUUGUAGUGUAUAUAUUGAUACAAAAUGCAGUAAUUAAAGUGUGGUAAAUGCCUUUAAAACUUGCUGGUGAAAAAUAACCUCUCCUGGUCAAAGGGGCUGGCAGGAGCACAGGCUCCUGCAGCUGGAUUUGCCAGGGCAAAAUGAUUUAAUUCACUUUAAACCACCAAAAUUUGGGCAAUGGUAGGAAGAAUAAAAGAUCUCUUAGGCAGAGAAUGUGAUUUUUAGAGGAAAGUAAAAGGUUUUAAAGUGUCUCAGAAAAUACUCUGGAAGCUGGUAACAAUUUCAGCAGUUUAUUUCAAGUAUUAACUAGGGUUGAGGUGCAGUUCUGAGUUGUCCUCUGUUUAAUUUAACAUUUUGUUUAAGAAAACGGUGUUAAAGUUUUAAUUUGUAAUUCUGUUCUCUGCUGGGUGCAGCUUUGAUUUACACUGGAUGCUCAGUGGGUAUUUCUGAGCAGUGUUUGCCUUCUCAGAACUGUCACAGAUUUAAAUUUCAGUUCAGGUAAUUACAGAUAAGCACAUCUUGCCUAAAGCGGUGCUGGAUUUUGGAACAAAUUCUGAAGCUUUGUUGGGGUUUUCCCCCCAUUUCUGUCCAUCUUUUUCAUUCAUAAAUUGGUUUUAUGUGUGAUCUGAGCUGAGAAUUCUGUUCUUUUGAAAAUUGGCUGCAGCAUUUUCUUUCUUCUUUCUUUUUCGUGUUUGGUUCAUAAUAAAUAAAGCAGAUAACAAGAAAUAUCUUAAAUAGUAAAUUAUGCAGAGACCCUUAGAGGAAUUGUGAAUGUAUUUCUGGUGUUGGUGUGGUCACCCAGGCAGUUUGAAAUGUUUCAAAACAGUUACUACAUUAUAUUUAAUGCAGUUUUUACUACCUGUCUUUAUGCUGGGGUGUGAGAAUGCUCCUAAACACCUUGAAUAAAAGUGGCAAACAAAACCAUGGCAGCUUGGGAGAUGAAAUCAGACUGAAACCUGGAGUUCUGGCAGAAUUCCUCAAAAUGGAAAACCUGAAAGCUCUCCAUAGCAGGAAAUGUUUGGGUAGGAUGUAGUGGGGAGGUGCUGUGGGGCAGUGAAAUGAGAGAUUUUAAUUUAAAACUCUGCCUUUUCCCAUAAUUUGCUGUAGGAAGCAGCUCCUAUUCACCCCUUAAAUAUUCUGUAAGCCUCAGAACUAAUGAUGAACUGUCUUUCAUCAGAUGUGAGUGUUGACUGAAGAUUUUUUUUUCCAUA